CUUGAAAUCUCAGCUGUUGACGACAUAGCGAAGACAUCAUGAUCCAUGUCAACAUUCACAGCUCAUAAGAUGGCAUACAAAACCGCUAAAGCUCUGCGGAGAUUGCUGGAGCGAGUGCCGCGCCUCGGCGACGAUGCCGACUUGCAGGAGGAAACAGUCCACGGCAUUGGACAAAUUAUGACAAGGCACGUAAUGGGCGCCGAACCGCUUCAGCUUGGGCCCGAGUGCGCAGCCUUCGCGCUUCCGGUGGUGAACGCCAUCACGAUCGCAGUUCGCCGGUGGACAGACCAGCUCGACGUUGCGUCUUCACAGCUUCUCAGGGCCUGCUCGUUUGUGCUUGUCAAUAUGUUUCCAGCUCCCGAGCGCCUGGUGGCGCUGGCGCUCGUGCGGGGCGACUUCCUCGCUCUGCUGGCCCGGGCCUUUGCGUGCACCUGCGUCAGCGACGGCGAGGGGCAGUGGACCGGAGCUGCAGGAGGCCGGGCUCCCCCGGGCUCCCGUAGCAAGGCCAAUUGCAGCACCAGUGGCGGCAGCGGCAACGCGGGCAGCGCGCCAGAUGGCGGCAGCGGGGGCAGCGGCGACAGCAGCAGCGGCGGCGGCAGCGCCCCGGCUGCACUUGCGGCGCCUUGCACUGCACUGCUGCACCUCUUGCGCGACUUGGCGUGGCUUGUGAAGCACAACGCGAUCCCGGAGCUGCGGGCGGAGGUCAUGGCCGCGGUUGCUGCCAGCGGCGCCCUUGAGCAAGCAGCGGCAGCGCUGCUGCGGCUCACCGCGCGGCUCAACGCCGGUGCCCCCGCCAGCAGCACCGCUGCUGACGGCGGCGGCACCGGCUGUGCAGGCAGUGAGGACGGCAGCAGCGUCAGCUUCGCUGACGUGUUCGCUGACGUGUGCAAUGCAGCAGCUGGCAGUAGCAGUAGCUGUAGCAGCAGCCAGCCGGCGGAUUCAGGGACCGGGCCUUUGGCUGCCGGUGGCGGUGGCGGCCCGCCCGGGGCGACAGACGCGGCGGCAGUGGCAGCGGUGCAGGCAGCAGCGUCGGCUGUGUACGCAUCGGAGGGUUGGAUCACGUGGCUGUGGCGGCAGCAGCAGGCGUGUGUGGAAGAGGUUUGCACCUGUGUCACCUGCAUGCUCGAGGUCGCACACAGCCUCAUAGAGAUGUGCGCCAGCUGGCACCGCUUCGCGAUCAGCGAGGAUAUGCUGCCGGGCGUGGAAGGCCGGCGGGCGCAGCUGGAGAAGGUGGCGCAGGUGGUGUGCGGCCCCGCUGUACAGCUGCUACUGCUCGCCUGCGCCGACCCACAUGGCACCGCGGCCGCCGCCACUGCUGUGACCGGCAGCAGUAGCACAGCGAGGCACCCAGCGGCGGGACCGCUGACGGAGCAGCAGCUUCAGCCGUUGCAGCAGCCAUCAACUGCUCCCGUCUUGCCACAGGAACAGCAACAGUGGCAGGCUGCCGGGGCCGAGGCGCGGCGCCGGCUGCGUAUGCGGUGGCCUGAAGCACAGCGAUCUGCGACGACGGACUCGCAGGGCACGUUGCCGACGGUUGACAUGGCGGUGUGCGGCGUGGCACUGGUAUUCCAGCUGACGCUGUCGCCGGGGCGUGGCGUGCUGCCCGUCGCGCAGCCGCCACCGGGGCUGCUGAAUCCGCCAUAUCACCGGCUGCCGCCGCCAGCACAUCCACGGUACCUGUCGCCGUACAGCAGUUCCGCUGUGCACGUGUUCGACCUGAUUGCUGCCGCAGCCUCCAGCUCCCUGGGUGUUGGUGGUGCUCGUGCUGGGCGGGAUGCGGCCGCAUCGGGCGGCAGCGGGGCUGCAGCCGCCGGCAGCAUGUCCGGUGGUGCUGGCGCCGACGAUAAAGCCCGCGCUUGGCACUGUGCGCCAGACCGGCUUUGCUUGGCGCUGCAGCUGAUGCUGCGGCUGUUGCCGGAGCUGCAGCUGCGCCAGGCGGCGGCGAGGCUGCCGGGCUUGUGGCGGCUGCUGGUGGCAGUGCUUCUGCACGCCGCUGCGACCCGCAGCACACUGUUCGUCGAGCACGAGUCGCUGGACGUGCUGUCAGAUGCAGGCGUGCUGCUGCGGCUGCGGGUGUGCGCAGCAACUGACGGCGCGCCACCGCUGGCGGCAGCGGACGAGCCUAACCAGGGGCGGCAGGACCAUCAUGGCGAGCAGGGCCAGCAGCAGGAGGAGCACCCGAAGCAACAGCUCCAGGGCCAGCAGGGCCCCGGCCAGGGCCCCGGCCAGGGCCAGGCAGAGCAGGACGUGGCGCUAGACGAAGCGAACGCACCGGAUGAAGCCAGCGUUGGCGACAGCAAUGGCGGUCACAAUGUUGGCGGCUGCACUAGUAGCCUGCCUGGUACCUCCAGGAGCUGCAGCGUCAGCCUCAACAGCAGCGAUUACGACGAAGACCUCCAAACGAUGCAGGCUCAGACAGACCAGCCCAGGCAGCAGCAGCCGGCGGCGGCGGCGGCGGCAGCGGACUGCAGCUACAGCCUGCGCUGCGCGCUGGACGCAGGGCUGCUGCCGGCGCUGGAGCAGCUGGUGCGGUCGGCAGUGGGCGGCUGGAGCACUGCUGCUGGCGCCACCGGCACCAGGUUGGCGGCGGUAGCAGCAGCCGCCGGGCCAGCCGCCGCUACAGGGCCCGGCGGCAGCCCGCAGCUACAGCCGCAGCUGCAGCCACAGGGGUUGCACCAACGCCUUGCCAUGGGCCGCGUGACCAUGGCGACACACGCGGUGGGCAGCCUGCUGCUGACGUCGGGCGUGUUCCCAGCAGUGCUGGCACACGGCUGCCCAAUGCAGGUGGUGCCGCUGCUGAGCACCAUGGCGGGCGUGCUGCGGUGCCUGACAGCAGGUGAUGGCAGAGGUGGCGGCACCGGCGGCAUCGGUGGCAGCGGCACUGGUGGUGGUAGCUUGGGCGGUUUGCAGCUGGUGCGGCCACCGCGGCCGGGGUUCCUUGUGCGGACGAACUUUGACGGCACCGUGCCCGCAGCGUACCUCUGGUUCCUGCUGAUGGCAUCGCUGUCACGGCAGCUGACGGCGGUGAUGGGGGCUGCGGCCGCAGCCCGGCAGCGGCAAAGCGAGGAGCUGCGGAACCGCCAUCACCACAGCAGCCGCAAUCCUGGCCGCAGCAGUGGCGGCGCUGCUGAGGUUGACAGUGCCUCGCAGCUGGAUGCCAUCAUCUGUGGGUGGCUGCGCCCUGUGCGCAUUGAGCGGGCCUGGCUGGAGGAGGCAGGAGGCGCGCCAGCCUCCGGGUCAGCCCCAGCAAUGCAGCAGGCUGACAUGCGGUGCCUAAUGCUGCAGACGUGGCUGCCCGCGCUGGUUGAGGCCAUGCCACUGCUGCCGGAUCCAACCCUGGAUCCAGGUCCCACCACCAGCACUGCACAUGGCAUAAGAGCCAGCACAGCAUCCAGCAGUAGCGGCAAAAGCAGUAGCAGCAACCCAAUUGGGCUCAGCACCGAGGACCAGGUGGAGUUGUUGGGCGAGCUGGUGGCUCAGCUGCUGCAGGUGCACUAUGCCUACCGGUGGGCAUGUGAGCAGUUGGACAAUGCACUGGCAGAGCUGAGUGAACUGGAGGCAGAGGCCUUGCCAGAGGAGCUGGAGGAGCUGGCGCUGCUGAAGGAGUACACAGUGACUGUUGAGGCAAGCCGUGACAGCAUGCGGCCAAUUAUCGGGCUGCGAAGGAGCUUCCACCUGUGCGUGAACAUCAUCCGUUUACUGCAUGCAGCCAGCACUGCUGCCAACACUGGCAUAGGCACAGGUGGUGCAGCAGGGAUGGCUGCAGGGGCUGCAGGCACAGCAGGGCCAGUAGCAGGGGCAGCCGCCACACAAGGGCAAGCAUUCAGAGCAGAGGCAGAUGUACCCUGCCAGCACAGCGCCAUUGAAGUGGUGGCGGAGGCACUGCUGGAUCUGCUGGAAGCUGAUGUGGCGGUCAGGGUGCGCAUGCCAAGACACCUGGAGCAUGCGCUAUGGCUGCCCUUCAUGAUGAUGCCAGCACACGCAGUUGCCACCCUGGAGCGCUGGGGGCUGCAGAAGUUGAAGCGCUUACUACUCCAUGAAUUCGUGCUGCCUGGCCCCGAUGGGCACUGGUGCCUGUCCACCAUCCCUGCCACUGCUCCACGGCCCAUAUCUGAUGCAGAGAUCGCAGCAGCAACGGAAUCUAUGCCUCUAAUUGUGGCAAUCGUGGAGCAGAAGGUAGACAAGGCAGCCCUCUGGGCUGAGGCGGGACGCUUCAACCAGCGGCUGCUGCUGCCUGCACACCAAACGACUGCACAACUCCUGCACAUGGCGGCGAUGCCGUGGGCGGUUCGAUGGCUGGGGGCUGCUGCUGCUGCUGAUGCAGUGGCUGGGUUGGAGCCACCACCAGCAGGCGCCAUGGGACCUCAAGGCGUGACUCCCAGGGCCAGCAGGGUGUGUGCCAACACAGCAUGCUGCAACAUGGACGGGGUGUCAGCUCUCCUCCAGCCAGGCGGCCGCAGCAAGACGUGUGUGCGCUGCUCACAGGUCACCUACUGCUGUGGUGCCUGCCAGCUGGCGGAUUGGCAGGAGGGUGGCCACAACUCUGUGUGCAGACUGCUGCAACAGCUGCCAAAAGAUUCAAGGUGGUGAUGAAUUGUUGACAUUGGUGAAAGCGGGUGGUGUCAGGGGUUAGUAGCAAGUGGGACAAUAGACACACAGGGCCAUUGAGGCACACUGGGGGCCUGCCACCUGCAACAUACAAGGGAGCAGCCUGUGGUGUGGUAUGUGCUUGAGCAGAGAGGAUUUGAAGAGCUGGAAAGGAGGCAGUGACAGAGUUGAUAAGGUUGCUUACAGCAAAUGGAUGGUGAUGCAGUACCGUACAGUAGAUGGGCACCUGGCAGCUGUGGUGGUUGAGGUUGCAACAGGCUGCCCAUUUGCAUUUAGGAGCAGGAACUGUGCAGCACUACAUGAGCGCUUGGUAUCAGUACCAAACUCUGUUGGGGACCUGGCUUGGGAACAGGGAUUUGUGCAAUGGGACAGGGCUAAGUGAAACAGUGAAAGCAAGGCGUGUGCUGCCUGUAGCCCCAUACACGCUCUCAUUUCAUGCAUCAUCAUCAUCAUCAUCAUCGUGCUGGACACUGUACUGGGCAUGUGACACGCCACGCGAAGCACGCUGGGUGUUUUGUGCCUCAGGCUCGUGGGAGUAGAUGAGCUACGCCUUGGAUAGGAGUAGAGUUGUUGCAGCGGAAGGUAGGGUAGGGUAUUGAGACGGAGCAGCAGUACGGAAAGUGACGGCGGCUUGAACGGGAGACCUUGUUGUUGAGGGGGUGUGAACGGUCUGGGGUUUCACACGUACGGCGUGGCAGAGCUGGAUGGGCUGUGACAAGUGCUGUGGAUGCAGAGCUCGGGCUCGGGUUAACCCAAAGCUAUGCUAGCUGCGCUGAGUUUUACGCUGUGGGAGACGGGGUCUGGUCUGGAUCGUGUGGAGGGCCAUUGUCGGCGGGCUGACUUGGCUGGGUUGCCGGGAGUCAGAGUCGGAUAGCGUUCACGACUGGCGGCUGAGUCCACGCUGGACUGCGCCGGAGGGAAAUUAAGGGGCGGAAGGGGACAGAGGUUUGCCAUUGUGUGUUACAGCGCUUGACACCUGAGUAUGAGUCCACAAGAACGUCUUUGGGGGACACCCGGAUACUGCUAAACAACCUGUUCCACCCUUGGGCACUCGUACAACACCAUCGCGUGCCCAAUUGCAACCGUCGGCGCAACGUCAUGCCACAUCAGAAUUGGGCUGUUUUAGGCGGAGAAAGGCUUUGCCCGCACGUAGCGUAAAAUAAAUUUUGAAGCGGGACUAAGGAAGGAGGGACGCCCAUGGUUGUGAGAGGCGGGGGAAGGGGACAAGUGCAGGACGAAGGCCUGUGGUCAAGGCGUGUCGAACCCCAUCGCUAGGCAAGGGCUGACGGUAGUAAGCUUGUGGCCUCUUGUGGGCUAUUUGUUAAGUUCCGUUUGGUGUAGAAUCGUGUCAGUAGGCAGUGAGAGGCUCGUUAGUGCACGGCACGCUAGUUCUGUGUUUUCCCGCCCACCCACCCCUCGUUUUCCUGCCUACAGCGUUAUGUUGAAGGCUGACAAUGGGGGCACUGGUGGCGACGCUGUUAUAGUUUGACUUGUCUAGUUUGUUUGCCAGAGGACGUGUCCGGGGGGUGGUUUCUGCCCGGCGCAAGGUAGGCGCGGCGGGGCAGACCUGGUUUAGAAGGGCGGCGUUUGGUGGGCGCCGCCGGGCCGGCCGUAGGGAGAUGGAUCCCGAAUCCUCACCCGCAUGUGUACGGCCCGCAAUCCCCCAUAUCUGUUUUGCUACUCCCUGGACAUAGCAUGAGUAGGUUUGCGAACGGACGCCGAAGGCGGUAACAUUGCUGAGAGAGACAGCACCGAGUGCAAGACGAUGCGG